GUUAAGGUUAUUCUGGUCUCACUGUAUUUUCAACGGUUAUUUCUCUGUUUUGAAAAAAAUAAGCUUAUAAAGAUAAACCAAUAACCCCAGUGACGUUAACUUCAACGCCGUUCUAAAGUUUCGCUCCUUUUUCCCAAAUAAAAAAUGUUUGAUUCAAAUUAGGAACUCCUCAAAAUUUCACAAUUUCGCGUAAAUCAAAGCUAAUUUAAUUAUCUCCUCCUUUUCAAAACCCUAAUUACUGUCUAACUAAACCCUAAUUCUCAACCAUGUUAUAAGCGAACAAUUUCUGUUUUGAUUGCUGAGAAAACAACGGAAUAUUAGCUGAGAAAGUGAAUACGCAAUGAAGUUUUGCAGCUCUUGUGGAAAAAAGGUCUCCACAACUCGCGAAGAUGAUGAAAUCGAGUCAUACAAUAUCUACGGGAAAGUCUUGGCGUUUCCGGGUCUCAGAGCUGAUCCCCUAUUUAUAGAUGGGGAGGUAGUGCCGAGACUAAUAUCGAAAAUCCCAAGUGAAAACAUUUCACGGGAAAGGUUGUAUGAAAAAGGAGCAGGCAGCCAGAGAAACAGCUGCAGCUGCUGCCAAGGAAGCUUGGGAGGAGAAUUUCAAGAAUUGUCCAGAGGAACUGCAAGCUGCAAAGGAGCGUGAAGCAGCUAUAGAGAAUUUCAAAAAGGUAAAUACCUGGUUGAAACCUUGGAGAUUCCAGAUACUUUUAUCAUUGGAAGAUCAACUACAGAUUACAAUCUUGUAAAAUAUUCCCUUUUUCUUUACUUAAAAAUAGCCAUGGGUGUCUUCAUGUGAAAUGAGAGUGAAAAUUUUGUAAUUUACUUUUCCUUGCCAAAGUUUUUUGUUCAAACCAUUUGUGCAAAGAAAUUAGGUUUAAAAGAUUCUUAAUCAUCAAAUAAAUAAAGCUGAACCCAUUUACUUUU